GUUUCAUGGAAAUGUGUAUAAUGGGUGCAUUACAUAAUACUCAUGCAUGCUUUGCCUUUUCUCUUUUGAAAAACUUUUCUUGUUUGUCUCCAAUAAAGUUAAUGCAACAAAAAGGGUACCCUUUAAUUGCGCUGUCAAUCUUCCCUUAACAUGUGAAAUCCUAACAUUUCACCUUUUUCCCUUUUCGGCUCCAAACAAGAAUUGGUUCUGGAGAAUCUGAACGCGUCUAGGGAUAUUUUAAUAGAAUUUUUUAGUGCAGUAAGCCAAUCAAUUGGAAAAAGAAGUCAAAGCAGAAAUUUCAAAGUUUCUUAUUGAUGAGUUUGUUGCACAAUCUGUUGUGGUGAGUGGCUAACAUGAAUACUUAGCAUAGGGGAGCUAAGGAGCAAGAGAGAGAUUUUAGUAAUGAUGUGAGGUUGAAUUAUAGGAGCAUGCGUGGGUCGGUACAAUAAUUAUGAUGAUCUUUUCAUCAUUAUUUUAGAUAACCUUUUCUUGUUGGUUAUAAAGGGUGGUGGAAUUUGAUUCACCAACUUUUGUCUCUGAUGAGAUUAAGGCGUAGGCAUUACAUACCUUCUUGUGCAUCUCACCGUAGAGUUGACGAAGAUGAAAUUUAUUGGGAUGCAAAGAAGCAGGAUGAAGAAUCAGCAUUGUCACCUAAUUCUCCUCGUGCAAUAUCACAAUUAGCUCAGUGCUUCACUAAUGCUAUGGUUGGUCCACGAGCAUGGAUAGGAGGAAUUUUUAGUCGAUCAACCAAUAGAAGGUUUGGAAGUGGCAGAUUUUUUUAUUAUAAUUUUAGUCCUCAUCAGGAAGAGAGUCUUCGAAACCUUCAGGAACGGAUUGGAGUACCUUUUGAUGAGACUUGCUUCAAUCAUCAGCAAGCUCUCCGUGCUUUGUGGGACUUAUCAUUUCCCAACGUUAAGCUCAAAGGCUUAAUCUCUGAUCAGUGGAAGGAUAUGGGGUGGCAAGGAGUGAACCCAGCUACAGACUUCAGGGGUUGUGGUUUCAUUUCGCUCGAGAAUUUAUUGUUUUUCGGAAGAACUUAUCCGGCUUCUUUUCAUAGGUUGCUAUUCAAGCAAACUGGAGAACGUGCUAAGUGGGAAUACCCAUUUGCUGUUGCUGGAAUUAAUGUAUCAUUUAUGCUGAUCCAAAUGUUGGAUUUAUACUCAGCGAAACCUAAGUGCCUUCCAGGAGUCAAUUUCAUCAAAAUGUUGGGAGAAGAUAAAGAGGCAUUUGAUAUACUAUAUUGUAUAGCAUUUGCAAUGAUGGAUGCGCAAUGGCUUGCAAUGCAUGCUUCGUAUAUGGACUUCAAUGAAAAAUUCUGUUGAAUUUGAAAUUCCAACUGAGGUGCAAAUUAUGCUAAACGAUGAAUUGGCUUCUUGGUUACAUAUAUUGCUUGAUCUAGCAUUCGCCAUUACAGUCUUGGAUAUUAUAAAGCCAUUAAGGUGGCUGAUAUUUGCAUUCCUGUUUAAAGGAUGAUAAAGGUCUAAGGAUCGAUGUGCAUGGUACUACAGUUAAAACCAAGGCUGAUCAAUCUGUUUGCUUCUGCAGCCUUCACUUACUAAUCUUGAUUUGGGGUCCAGAUAUUCCAGAAAUAAAACACAUGUUUCUGUGUGGAGUAAGACUAUUAAAUCUAUUUCUUUUCUCUGUUUAAUCACUUCAGGAGGUUUUACGAGUAACCAGGAUACAAUUGGAAAGAGAAUUGUCUUUAGAAGAUGUGCAUAAGAUACAAGAUCUGCCAGCUUUCAACCUAUUGUUCCACUAGUUCUUCUGCUUACCACUUUCCUCUUAAACCAACAAAUUACUGCUCUAUUAGUGUACCGUUAGCUCAGCAAAUGGAGGUCCAAAGCAAAUGAACCAUUCAGGAGGGUAAUUUCCACAAUGUAGACCAUAUGUAGAGAAGGGUAUUUGUCUUGGAUAUCUAUGUGUAAAUUGUACUUAUGCCAAUUCAGGUGGUUGUAUGGAAAAAGUUUUGCUCAGAAGACCAUUGCCUAUCUUGCACUUCAUCUUAUUACUAUUUUUGGGGCAGAUGCUGCUCAAAGAAA